AUGUCUGUGGUCGUAGAACCCAGAGCCGUGGCCCCAGCGUCCACAGUCUCGCAAAGAGGUGGUGAACUGUCACGCUAUGGGCUGCCUAUGAACACUGGUCUUCGAGGAGAAUUGCCCAGCUCAGCAACGGCCCUCACGGAGAAGCCGGGUCCAAGUGACCGUGAGCCUUGGAACUUUGUCGAGUUCGCGAACCAUUACACGGAGGCUCCGUGGGGCGGCCGGUGCUCUCUGAUUGAGUUCCUCAGCCAGUUGGACGGCCGACAACCUUUGAGAGGCGUGUUGAGACGACUGAUUCUGUCAUACUUCAAGAUGAAGAUCCUCAACGCCCUUCUCACGUUGUCGGCCCUGGCGGUCAGCAUCGACGCCCUUCCAGUCUCGGUAACUAAAGACGAGGAUGCCCAGACUUUCCACAUCAUAGCCCGCCAGGCCCAGCCUCCUCAGCCUCCUCCAUCGGCCUUGAUUCCCGACGCAACACCUGAAGACGACAUGGAUGAAUUCGAAGAAGUGGAGGAAGUCGACGACGUCACGAAUCCAGGAGAGGUCGAAGCCGAGGGCAAGAAAAAGAAGAAGAAGAAGAAGAAGGGCAAGAAGAAGGGCAAGAAGGAGAAGAAGCCCGAGAAGCCGGACGCCAUCCCGGCUGAUGGAGCUCAACCGCCGGCUGCUGGCGCUCAACCUGCGCCCGCAGCCGGUGCCCAGCCUAUUCCCGCAGCCGGUGCCGCUCCGGCCGCUGCCCCGGCCAAGGCACCAGCUCCCGGAGCACCUGCAGCCGCUGCUCCCCCACCCGCCCCAGCGCCGGCGGCUCCUCGCUCGGUUGCCAAGGCAUUCAAAGCCUAG